GGGGACGCGGGCGCCGACGAGGCGGUGCCGCGCCACGACUCUUCCUACGGCACGUUCGCCGGGGAGUUCUACGACCUGCGCUACCUGUCGGAGGAGGGUUACCCUUUCCCUACUGCUCCUCCUGUGGAUCCAUUUGCCAAAAUCAAAGUGGAUGACUGUGGAAAAACUAAGGGAUGCUUUAGAUACGGCAAGCCAGGCUGUAAUGCGGAGACGUGUGACUACUUCCUUAGCUACCGGAUGAUCGGGGCCGAUGUGGAAUUUGAGCUGAGCGCUGACACAGAUGGCUGGGUAGCAGUUGGAUUCUCUUCAGACAAGAAAAUGGGUGGUGAUGACGUCAUGGCCUGUGUCCACGAUGACAAUGGGAGGGUCCGCAUACAGCACUUUUAUAAUGUAGGCCAGUGGGCAAAGGAGAUCCAGAGAAAUCCUGCCAGAGAUGAAGAAGGAGUCUUUGAGAACAAUCGGGUCACCUGCAGAUUUAAACGCCCCGUGAACGUUCCCAGAGAUGAGACAAUUGUCGAUCUGCAUUUGAGUUGGUAUUAUCUGUUUGCCUGGGGUCCAGCCAUUCAGGGCUCUAUCACCCGACACGACAUAGACUCACCACCGACUUCAGAGCGUGUUGUCAGUAUUUACAAGUAUGAAGACAUUUUUAUGCCAUCAGCUGCCUAUCAGACCUUCUCCUCUCCGUUUUGUUUGCUUCUCAUUGUUGCCCUGACCUUCUACUUAUUGAUGGGAACCCCUUAAACACAGCUGCAAAGCCAACAUAUUAAAUGGAUUAGAAAGUCUUUAGUAUAAAUAUAUUUUUUAAGAAUAUGCAGUAUAAUUUUAGCUUUUCUUAUUUAAAAAAAGACUCCUAUGAUUUCAGUUUUUGGAAGAGAGAGCAAGCUGCUUUUCUAAUCAAGAGGAUUGUUUAAUAUUGAUCCCAUACUUUUGGAAAGUACUUAAAAAUUUUUCUAAGCACUUUGAAAUGUGUUUUCUUAUUUGAGCUUCAAAACAUCUCUGAGUUGGCUUGUUGAAAAUUGUCAGUACCAUCUUACUGAAUGGGAUUUGAGGUCAAGGAAAGCUGCCUUUUUUGGUGACCCACAUACCAUGUGGCCUUGGCUACUUGGUCAGAUAACACAUAACAAGGUAGAGAAAGAGCUAGGCAUACAGCUUCUAAACAACCUUUAUUCUUCCAACUACAGCUCAGGAGAGUUACUUGGGACAUUACUAAAGAGAACAUUACUGGAUGGCCCUAGUUCACAAUCAACCUUUUAGGCAGAAGAAGUUUCAAAUUUCCAUAAAUGCAUUUGGAUAUUUACACAGCUGAUGGGGAGAAUGGGAAAGAUUAUAAUGAUAAGAAAAUGGUCCAUACUUAGAGGAAAUUUCUUCUCAGUCAGUGAGUAGUUAUGAGAAAAUAUUUUUUAUUGCUGUUUGGAAAGGUUAGGAAUGGAACUGUGAGUGUUCCUGAAGAUGUAAAACUAUAUUAAUGAUAAAAAAAAGAAAAAAGGGCAUUGUUAGCGGUUAGAAUUUGGACUCUUCUCUCACUGUAUUUUAUAAAUUAAACGAUUCAUGUGUUGUUACAGCUAAAUCCGUUGUCAGAGUCGACAUCCACGGAGUAUGAUUAAAUAUGUAUUAUAAUAGACAAGUCCUCUUAAUAAAAAUUUAAGGCAUUUUGAAAAUAAACAUUUUUGGAGAUUGUGGAGAUUUGGAGUAGAAACUUUUUAAAGAUGACAUUUCUUUUUUAAAUCAGAAAAUGGGAGAUGACCCCUAGAGUGAAUUCACCUAGAGUUUCCGUUCAACAUGUUCGGACUUGUAAACUGGACCAGCAAUCAGCAUUACUUAUCAUAAUGCCUUGACUUAAUGCAUCCCCUUUUUUCAAAGGAACCCAAAUGUUCCUUUGUUCCAAAUGUCUGUGCUAACAGCCCAUUCAGAGGAAAAGAGUCUAUGGGUGUCAUUGAGUUGCUGAUGGAUUUCCACUGGAGAGUUUCGCAGUCCUCUGGCUUGGCCCCAUCAUUGCUAUAGAGCUGGAUUUGUGGAUUUUGUGAUUAAACAAGACUGGAGAUUGAUUUCUAAUGCCAUCCUUGAAAUUCACCGUCAGGGUGAAAGUCCACCUGGGGGGUAGGGGGAGAACUUUUAAAUUCUGGAACUGUACAAAAAUAAGGAAAACAUUGCGAUUCUGUGACACACAGUCUACCAAGUGAUGUAGGAGAAAUAAUCCUCAUUGCAGAUGGAGAGAGGUUAAAUGACGUUAGGUGAGCAAAAGAACUGGGUAGGAUUCAAACUCGGGUCAUCUGGUUCAAGUCUGUGGCUCCACCUCGCUGCCAUGGCCUUGGAACUGAGCCCUCCAGUCCCGGCUGAGGGUGGCCUUUGCACACCUUCUGAGCUAUCAUGCUUGUUCAGUAGUGAGGAUACAGCGUAUGCAGGCACCCACUUUGUAAAUAAGAAGGCAAAUAUUUUUAUACUUCACUCUCUGAUGUAUAUGGUAUUUCAGCUAUAAAUAGGUUAAGACUAAAGAAAGACGGGCUAGCCUCUGUAGCAGGCAGGGAAGGAACACAUUAAUGGAUUUUCCCUCUGCUUGCGUUUCAGGUCAAGCUAUUUAUUUCACAAAUUGUUUCCACUUUGAUGACCAGUCUUGCAUAUUCGUGCUUAGAACUUUCUCUGACUUCUUAUUGCCAUUAGGGUAAAAUGCAAUCCAUUUUGAUUACCUCCCAAAUCAUCUUUUUUUUUUUUUUUAAGAUUUUAUUUAUUUGACAGAGAGAUACACAGCGAGAGAGGGAACAC